CGCUUUUGGGUUGAGUUAUAAUUGUAUUAAUAUCUCAAUUAUGGAAUGGGAAAGCAAAGAAAGCAAUGACUGAGUUGAAAAAUAUAGAGAUGGAGGAGAUGGAGGAGGUUGAAAGAGUGGGAAAGGCAUUGAAACGCACGCAAGGGCCAUAUCAAUGGGCCAUGUACGAUAACUGGGAACGCCUAAAACGACACUACAGCGAUAAUCCGAGAGAAGUGCUUGUUCCAUUGACGACGAACAACGACACUAUACUUCACAUCGUUGCCUUCGCCGGACGCAAGGACGUGCUGGAGUUUUUGAUUUCACUGAUAAAAGAAGCUCGGCAGCUACACCAUGCGUUGACAAUGGAGAAUGGUCAAGGCAACACCGCUCUGCAUGAGGUGGCUGCGACCGGAAACCUGGAGGCAGGAAUGCUAUGGGUGGGGCUGGAUAAUAGAGUUAAGAUCGAGCUUGCUAGACUAGAUCUUUCCCAAAACGGUGCGCAUGGUUGUGCUAGCUAUAAACGUGUGGUAGAGAUUCGGAACCAGUUAGGAGAAACCCCACUCUAUAGGGCUGCUGCUUUCGGUCACACAAAGUUGGCCAAAUAUUUGGCUACCCAAGUGGGGGUGGAUGAUAUAGAGUUGCAUUUCCAAAGACAUGUAGAUCAAGUAUCCAUUCUUCAUAUCGCAGUCAUUGGACAACAUUUUGAGACUGCUCUUUGGUUACAAAAAGAGUACCAAAAUCUCGCAGAAAGAAAGGAAAGUAAUGGAUUCACAAGUCUUCAAUUGCUAGCCCGAAUGCCAUCUGCCUUCCAAGGAAAAUUUCGCAUAAGCAAAUGGAAGAUGCUCAUUUAUAAGUUAAGAUGGCCACGAAUCCGUAUGAUGUACAAGGAAACGCAGAAGCAAAAAUCACUAUUGGAACUCACUCAUUUGCUGGUCGAGAAGGACCAUUCAUGGGUGGAAAGUAAAAAAAAGAUGGAUGGGACAAUUUCCCUGGUGCCGUCACACGACAGAGGAGAAGAAGAAGAGACCAGAUCUAUUCAUAAGUAUACCCCAUUGCUAAUGGCAACCAGCACCGGAAUAGCAAAAAUUGUGGAAAAAGUGCUUCAGUUGCACCCUCAAGCGGCAGAGGCACACGACACUGAUAAUCAACAAAACAUUCUGCACAUAGCCAUCAAGCACCGCCGGCUUCAGAUCUUUAAGCUUGUAAAAAAGAGUAAAUCAAUAACGUUAAGGUUGGCUAUGAAGACUGACCGUGAUGGCAACACCAUAUUGCACCAAGCUGCAUAUAUGAGAUAUUACUCUGCAAACACUCAACAAGGAGGCGGCCCUGCAUUACAGUUGCAAGAAGAACUGCGUUGGAUGGUGCGUGUGGAAAAGAUAAUGCCACCUCACUUCAUCAUGCACCACAACCAUAAGGGUCUGACAGCGGAGGAGCUCUUCAAUAGUGAGCAUGCAAAGCUUCUUCAGUCGGCACAAGAAUGGAUGAAAGGGACUGCUCAGUCAUGCUCGACCGUGGCGGCUCUGGUGGCUACUGUUGCCUAUGCAGCUGCGUACACGGCUCCCGGGGGUUAUGAUUCGAACGGGAUUCCUCUUCUCCGGGAUUCUGCUUACUUUGUCACAUUCGCCAUUACCGACACUGUGUCGCUUAUCAGCUCAUUGGCUUCUUUGGUCACGUUUCUCUCUAUCCUCACGUCGCCGUUUGAGUACCAAGACUUUUACCGUCCUCUUCCGUUCCGGCUACAUUUAGGGUUCACCCUUCUGUUCUUCUCACUGGUAACCACCAUACUCACCUUCACUGACUCUGUUGUGCUAUUGAUUCAUCUCAAGAAAUGGACGAUGUCCCUCAUUUACGUGGUUGCAUGUCUUCCUGUCCCUGUGGUUGGGCUCAUGCAGUUUCCUUUGUAUAAAGGAUUUUCCCAAGGUUUGAAAUACACUUUUAAGAAAAUUAGAAAGAUUAAAUUUUCAAUUUGCCCUGCAUGAGGAAGCUGAUAUACAUAUGUAGUCUUGGUUUGAGUACGGCCUAUUAUUGAGUGGUUAUUUGUGAACUAUAGGUUGUAGCUUAAAAGGUCUAUAAGAAUGCAGCUAUAGCUCUGAGUUGGAGUUCUCUCUUCUUCUUCCUCCGCGUUUUCCCCUCCUUUUUUGUAUUGUUGAGAAGAAUAGGCUUAAAUAAAGUGUAUGCCAAACAGUCUGUAUGGCAGACCUAUUAAGACGCAUGGAGGCGCAAGUA